UUCCAUUUAGUGACACAAGUCGACUUAAGUCGACUUCUAGUGUCAUUUCUGCUUUCCAUUUAAUUUGUGUCGCAAUGUGUUGGUUACUUAAGUCGACUUGGAAUAACUCUGCUUUUGCUGAGGAUUGAGCGAAGUUGCGAAUAUAGACGAAGAAAAAAGUCCUAGAGUACAAUAAAUAUGUAAAAUCACUAUAGUCUUGAUUAUACCGACAUUGUAUAUUAAUCGUGUAUCAACCGAAAAGAAAAAUAUAUUCAUAUAAUAAUGGCAAUAAAGACUAUUUCAAUGAAGGACUUGCAAGCAUUGCAAACUGCAGGAAAAAUUGUUUUCAAGAAUAUUGAUAAAAAUAGUAUAAAUUGUAAUAAUGUACAACAAAAAGCGGAUUCUAUCAAUCUGUCCCAAGAAAAUAGUUAUAUUAAUGGACAGCAAAUACAAAGAAGGCCGGAUGCAACAAUUUUACAGCAAGAAUUGCAGGAGUGUAAAUUUAUAUGGACUAAGCAAGCUACUUUUGCUCUUCUGUCUGCUUAUGAAGCUCGAAAUAUUGAAGUGGAUAAUACAAAAAAAAAUAAAAGAUUUUGGCAAUCUAUAGCUACUGACCUUAAUGAAUUCUCAUUAUCUAAUGCACCAUUAACAGGUGACCAAGUUAGAUGGAAAUUUAGUGCGUUAAAAAAAUCAUAUAAUAAAAAGAAAGAUCACAAUUGUAGAAGUGGAAAUGCUCCAAAGAUGUUCGAUGAAUUUGAAAAGCGAUUAAUGGAUAUUUUAGGUGAUAUACAUGGUAAUAUCAAUAAAGAAAAUUGCUUUAACUCACCAAUAUUGGAGCAUAGUGUAUCCAAUCAAUCUGAAACACAAAAUAUAAGUGAAGUAGUCAGUAAUGAAUUAGAAAAUGUCAGCAUGGAAGAAGAAAAGAGUAGUAACGAAAAAUAUACAGAAAGAAAAACAGUACAAAAGAAAACAUGGAACAGGUUCACAAAUAGCUCGUUCAAAAGUAGAAUUAGAACACCAAUGGCUACAACAUCUUCAACUUAUGCAACAAAAAUAUGAAGAUAGGAAAAAUUUUGAUGAAAUGGAAUCUAAAAGAAAAACGGAAGAACUUGAAUUAAAGAGAGAAAAGGUACAUUUGAAAAAGAAGAUAAUGUUAUUCGAAGAGCAAAGAUUAAGGCAAAAGAUAGAGCUACAUCGAGAGAAAAUGUCUAUUGAAAAAGAAACUGAAAGAAAAGAACUGAAAAAGAAAAAUGUGAUAUAUUAAGAAAUAUUAUUCAAUCUCGAAGCAGUAUUUUCUAAACCAAAUAUUCAAGAACAGUGAUAUUUUUUAUUUACUUGUAAUAAUAUUUAAUUAUGCUUAUAGAAGAAAGUAAAAUGUUUUGAAAACAUUCGAACAAAAAAAAUUUUUUUAAGAAUAGUACAGAAAGAUAAUUUAAAAGUUCCCAAACAGCACUAAAUCUCAAGGAAUGUCCUCAGGACGUCUUAGGAACGUUCUAGGAACGUAGAGACGUCUUCAGGAUGUCUUUAGAAUGUCCUUGGAGAUCUAUGCUGUAUGGGUUAUUAAUAAAAAUGUAACAGUUCUUAUUUAGUUGAAAAUGUUUGCUAUUCAACACAGUGCAAUAAUUGCACGUAUGUGUGCGAAAAUAAUUUUGAUAAAGCUAAAUGAAUAGAUAAAAAGUAUUCUUUUAUAUUAUUAAGAUUUUGUUUAAUGUGAUUAAAGAAUUUAAAAUUAGUUUUG